AUUCUUUCAGAAGACACAAUUGCAAUGGUGAACUAAAAAACUCAUGUUACAAUAGACUCUUUAUGAUAAUGAUGCAAGAAUGACUGCCUCAACUGGAAGAACAACAAGAGUGAUUGGAUGGUACCAUUCACAUCCUCAUAUUACAGUUCUUCCAUCUCAUGUUGAUGUACGGACUCAGUCGAUGUAUCAACUUCUUGAUUCUGGAUUCAUUGGUCUGAUAUUUUCUUGUUUCAGUGAAGAUACAAACAAGGUUGGAAGAAUUCAAGUUAUUGCCUUCCAGUCUUCAGAUGGGAAGCAAAAUAACAUGUCAGGGUCUGUUCUGCAGUCUCCUGUAUAUAGAAGUUCAGUUGUUGAUAUUGAAUCUUCUUUAAGUUCCUCAGAGAAUUCCUUGGUGAGGUCUGGAUCUACAAAAGCAGAUGGUCCUGAAGAAGACACUGGUGAUUCUCGAUCAACCUUAACUUAUAGUAAGGGUGGGGGCCGAUCUUCAGACUUGGGCAGUUUCAUUGCUAAUGCUGAUGCCAACUAUCUAGGGAGAGAGCAAGGUGGAGGAAACUAUAAUUCCAAUAAUUUAGAGAAUGCCAUAGAUGAUAUUGACCCCAUGGAUAUGUCAGAAAGCAUGCAAGAAGCAAUGCACCGCUCAAACUUGGACGUGAGUGGUGCGGAGUUUGUAAGGAAGGAAAUUCCACUUUGUGUUUUACCUACAUCAUUUCUGGUUAAGCUUGAAUCACCAUUAACAUCAUUUACGGAUUUACAACGUGUACUGUUUGAAGAAGAGCGUGCAGCAUACAACCAGGCCAUCUUGCAAAAUAUGAGGGAUGGGAAAGUGCAUCCCCUUACUUUCAUUCAUCAUACCUCAACAUAUCAGUCUUCUAUGUGCAAACUAAUUGAAUACUGUUUAAGUCCUGCUAUCAAUGCACUUCAGGAUCGGUUGAAAGAGAAUGAAAUCCGAUUAGCAAUGUUGGCCAAUGAAGCAAAAAUUUUGGAGACUGAAGCCUUAAAAGGGAGUGUACUGAGUCCUCAUCGUGGUUCAUCUCAUGGACUAAGAGGAAGUGCUUCGGUUGCUCAGAGAGACUUGCAUAAUUCAGCUGAGCCCAUGAGUAUGAGGACGGUUGCUGGUUCUGGUAGCCAUAGCAGAAAAAGUUCUUAAUAAAAAUUUUGAAUCAAUCCCAUUCUGCAUGCACUUCGUUCUGUGGGUCUUAACAGUUUCCCCAAAGGAACUUCUACAACUUGGUCGUCUCCUUGUUGGUGCCAGUUUCCAGAAUUCUGAGGUUUACCAUUGGUUAUUUGUUUUCUUGAUAAAUAUUAUUGUCUUGAUGGUCUCUACUAAAGGAGGAAAAUACAUUGGGAAGAACUAGAUGAACAGUGAUGAGAGUUUCAUAGAAUCCUGCUCCAUGCAUGCACAUUUUGGUUUACUUCCUCCAAAUGUAAUUAUAACUCUUUUUGUACACAAAGUUGUAUUGCAUUUUCAGUGGCAUGUUCAUCAUUUUAUUUUAUUUU